GCGGUGCUGGAGCAGGAGAAAGAGCAGUUGCAGGUGGUAUUGAAAAGACUUCAGGAUGACCAUCAGCAGCAGCAGGAGCUGAUGCUGCAGCAACAGGAGGAGUGGGAAACUCUUCAAAAGCGUUUAGACGUACAGCAGCAGCAGCGGCAGCAGCAGGAUGCCCAAAAGAUAGAGGAGUUGCAACAAUUGCUGCAAAAGGCUGAGGGGCAAAUUAGUGAACUGCAGCGGCAAACAACAUUGCAGCUUGAGCAUCAGCAGCAACAACAAGGGCAGGAGCGGUUGGCUGCAGCCACGACUGAACGCAUUGCCGCGCAAAGGAGAGCAGAUGCAAUGGCAGCGGCCGCUGCCGCUACUGUUGUACCUCACCCAGCAGCGGGUUGA